AGUCGUGUUAAGGCAGGGCCGUUUACUGGUUUUGGGUGUAUGUUUUUUAAAUUAAAUAACUUUUUAAAGAAAAAUAUGGAAAAUUAUAUGAAAAUUUUAUUAGGUGUAGUGUUUUUAAGUUGUUUUGCAAUACAAAAUAGUUAUGCUAUCAAAUGCUGGGUAUGCCGUUCUGAUGCUGAUCCAAAAUGUGGAGAUCCUUUCGACAACACUACCGUUCCAAUCACGGAUUGUCGGCAAGAAAAAGGUUUAGAUCAUUUACCAGGUGUUAAAGCAACAAUGUGUCGAAAAAUAAGGCAAAAAGUACAUGGAAGUUGGAGAUAUUUUAGAAGUUGUGCGUAUAUGGGUGAACCAGGAAUCGGUGGUGAUGAACGAUUUUGUUUAAUGCGAACGGGAACUUAUAACAUAUUUAUGGAAUAUUGUACUUGCAAUAGUAAAGAUGGUUGUAAUACUGGAUCUUCCUUUACCGUAUCCGCUAUUUGUAUAAUUGCUUGCACCUUUUUGGCAUUUAUAAGGGUAGCGUUUGGUUAGAAUAAGAAGGUGCCUUAAUGUUUAUAAAUAUAUAGAUCUGAUUUUUUAAAUUAUUAAAAAGCACGCACUGAACAAAUUUAGCAAUUCAUAUAGAAUUGAAUUUUUGCUACUGUUUUAAUUUUAUUUCUAGACAAGUUAAGAAAUGAUAGUUUUAAAUUCGAAACGAAAAUUGUUUUGAUAAUUCCCAUGAAUGUUUUUACAAAAUUUUUAUAUUUCACGAUGUAAUCUUUUGAUAAAAUUUAGAAGAAUAUUCAUAUAAUCAUACGAUAAUGUC